AUGGUUGAAUGGUAUCAUGAAUGGACAUCAAAGAUUUUAAAAACUAAAGCCGAUACAGGAUGGGUUUCAGGAUGUUUAGACCUUAAAGCGGAUAAAACAUAUGUUAACGAUGAGUUAAAUAAGAAAGCAGAUAAGGAAUAUGUGGAUAGUGAGUUAAAGAAGAAAGCUAAUAUAUCAUUUGUUAAUGAAGAAAUAAAACAAUCAGAGGUCUAUUUUACUCCGCCAUUUUUAAAUUUUAUGAAAUCAUCAGAUAAAACCUUUGAUAUAGAUUCUUUUGAAUGGAGAUGUUUCGAUGGAGUGACCAUGUAUUUAUUUUAUACAGCUGGAGUGCUUUAUUAUUUUAAAACAAAUGAUUUUAAAAACUAUGAAUCAUUUACUCCAUCUGUUUUGAAUCCUGAUACACGAAAGCCAAUCAUUAAUCCAAGAAUUUUAUAUGUUGAAUAUAAUAACGGUAAAUUUAUGGGAAUGAUAACGGUUGAAGAUGAUUUUUGCCCUUGUUAUUCAUUCGAUUGUAUCCAAUGGUUCAAAUGUAAUUUAAAUCAAGAUGCUAAAUUUAAAUAUUCAAAUAAUCCUAUUAGAUGUGUUAAUAAUAAAUGGGUACUAAUUUAUGAAGUCAAUCAAAUUUUCAUUAGUGAGGAUGGGAUAAAUUAUUAUAUGUUUAGUAUGAUGUCAUCAGAUUUGAAAAUUGAUUAUACAAGUAAGUGGUAUUACAUUAACAACAUGUAUUUUAUCCUACAAAAUGAUAAAAUUUAUAGAUCAUCUUCAAUAUCACAAGGUCAAUUUGAACAAAUUUUUCAAGCUGAUGGAGACAUUGAAGCUUUAUGUUAUGGAUCAAAUGUUUAUGUUCUCGUUUCAGGUGAAAUGGUCUAUUCAUAUCCUGUAAGUUAUAACAGACAUAUUUAUUUAUCACAGGAUUUAUCAAAUUGGGAAUUGGUUUAUUCAUUCACUCCAAAACUUACUCAAAAUUAUAGAUUUACAAAUUUAUUUUAUAUUGAUGGGUAUUUCAUUGCUUUAGGAUGUGGUGAUUUAGUAAAUAUCAGUAGUGAUGGAAGAAACUGGUCUGAAAUCACAAAAUUUCAAAAUGUUAGAAAAGCAAUUUUCAAAAAUAAUACGUUAAUAUUGAUAACAAGACCAGUUUUAAAUACUCACCCAAAUUCAAUAUUAUAUAAUAAAUUCAAUAUUCAUAAUGGAUUAAAUACAAUUCUUGAGAUGAUUUACCCCAUUGGUUCUAUUUAUACGUCAAUGAACUCAACAAAUCCUUCAGAAGUUUUAGGUUUCGGUAUGUGGGAACAGAUUGUAGAUAAAUUCCUCUAUUGUGCUAGAUAUUCAAAGCAAACAGGAGGUUCGAAGAAAAUUACUGAAGCAAACCUUCCACCGCACACUCAUACAGGAACUACAAACUUUUCUGGCGACCAUAGCCACUCAUUAAGAGACCACCCAUUAUACAACUCAGAGUAUGAAGCUGGCUAUGACGUUUUAUCUCCAGAUUAUAACCAUUCAGCAAAAAAGACUUUUCGACAAACUGAACCAGGAGGAAAUCAUUCACAUACUUUCACAACAAAUCCAACAGGCUUGGGUAAAGAUUAUAUGCCACCAUUUAUGACUAUAUUCGCAUGGUAUAGAGUUUAUUGA